AUGGCAUUCCGUCCCGGCCAUGUCUCCAAUCUUCAGCUCCCGGGCCAUGAGAAGUCACUGUUCUCCUGGCUGGCCCCCCCUUUUUGGCCACCUCCCCAUUCUCUAGGGAAUGGGGACGUGCCAAGUCGGGAUAUUAAAGAAAGAGGAUUUGUUUUGUUUUGUUGUUUGUUUCUUGCCACGAGGAACAGACAAGACGACGCAUCAUCACCCACACUCAUCUUACAUACACACGGAUUCAUGCCAUCGUUGCGUGUCUUGGCCGUCGACCGGCUCAGCUUGCCCUCGAAGUCAAAAGACACUCGCUAA